CUAGCCUUUUUCCCCAUUGCGGUCCGCGUCUUUCCUCCCUCUCUUCCCCCUCCGGUUCUUCCGCGGCUGCCCUGCGGUGCGCUGUUCCGCGUCUUAUCUUUGCCGUCCUCCUACUUUUCGACUUCUUUGACUUCUGCAUUGGCCGGCGAAGAAGGACGCUCGGCUUACCUGCUCGGAGUGGCUCAUGGCCCCUGUGUCGUCACUCAUCUUCGGGAAGGACGUCCGUCGCACAGGGUCGCUGUAUCCAUGUCGUCACUGUGCCGCCUUGGGCGCCGAGGGCGGGCGCGUUUCUUCGACCGGGGGCACGGGCGGCCCAUGCCAUCGCCGGAAGCCAUGUCAUCAUGCGUGCUCAGGCUCCACUGUUGCUGCCGUGUGUUGAUUCGACGGCCACAUUGUGCUUCGCUUGGCCUAUAAAAACCAGGUCAUCGUUGUUGUGAAGCUCGUGUCUUCUGGCUGCAGCCUCUACCGGGUGCCUGGAUCUGUUUGGUACGUUCUUGUCUCUGUUUGUUCCGCCAGUUUUUCCUUCUUUGUCGGUCGGUCGGUUGCUGGUUUCCUUGUCUGCGCUUAUUCUUCGCCUCUGCUCCGUUCGUUGCUGCGGUUUCUCUUUGGUUCUCCUCUGUUGCGCCACCGCGUCCGUCCUUGCCAUGGAUUAACAAUUCCUGGCCUGUAGGAAGGUUAUCUGGUCUGAGUGUUCCAGGAUUUGCUUCGGUGGGGGUUCAUGCUCAAGGUAUAAAGCUUACUGUGUACUAUCAAGUUUUCUUUGUUAUCUCUCGCAAAAAAAAGUUUUCUUUGUUAUUAUUGUACUCGUUGCUAAUUACUUUCUGCUUCUUUGUCAUGUGGUCCUGUGCGUGUGUGUGGUUUUUGUCUUUUGGUGUUGUACUCGAUAGAAGCCUGUUUGUGGCCGUGUGUCUGCUACCAAUUAGUUAUGAUGUUUGUGCUUGUGCCUUCGUAUAUUCCUCUGUUGCAAGACGUAGCUGCUCGUUGUGGCCUUAGUUAUUUUUUGUACACGUGAGGUUCUAGAAGAUGGCACGAACUUGGCUGGUGUGGAACUCGGUUUGCCAGUUUUAGACGAGGGCCAUGUGCCUCGGGCUGAGUUUUUUUUUGGGGAUGCGGCCUGCUUGGGUUGUCAGCAGCGUACGAGCAUGCUACUAUGUAGGCCGUCCGGUUUUACAGUCUGUCUACGGUUUUGUUGUCUGUGACUACAACUACUAGUCUAUGGUGGCGUAUAGAGAUGGUAUCUGUUCUGCGGUUUCGUUGACUGCUGCUUCAUUCCAUCGUUCAUUUUGUCCACAGGCUUGUUGCAGCUCACUGGGUUUAGAACCUGAUGCUGCUGAUGUUCGGUACGAAUGGUUGGGUUGUCUUUGUCGUCCACUCUCUCGUCACUCCAAUUUUUUAUUUAAUUUUUUGGCAAUUUCAGUCGUCGCCGACGGUCCUGAGUAGUGAUACUUCGUUGUCAUUCCUAAUCUAUGGUUGUAUAUUUAGUUGAUUUUCAGAGAUGUUUGUUCAUUGGAUUCUAUUGACCAUCCAGAGACAGCCCUGUUGUAAUUCUAUGAUUAUAUUUCAGCUGCGUCUUAGUCUCCACAUGCAGAGUUCUAUUUUUAGUGCAUCUUUAGUUGUUGUAGUCACUUUUAGUCGCUAUUGUCAUGGAUAUACCAUGGAUAAAAAUGAAUUUGCAUUCUCGGUUGUCCUAAACAUAUGAGUUUUUAGUCUUAUUGUCUUAUGAGUUAUGUUUGUUUCUGCGUCUAGGCUCUGUGGCAUGUUAGACUUUGUUAACUCGGGUGGAAAAUUAAUGAUUUGUCAGAGUGGUCAUCGAUGUUCCAUGGAUAAAGAAAUUGAUUUAACGGUCUCUGUAGUCAUUAAUAAAUGAAUUUAGAAAAUUGUGUUUCUAAGACUUGGUGCUGUAUUCUACUCCCCAUGUGUGGCAGUCCUCCUAUGAUUAUGUUUGUUGCUGUGGCUGGAUUCUAUGAUUUGUCCAUGAUUACUGUCAUAGGUAGAGAAAGGGUAGUCUAUGGCUCCAUGUACCGUGAUUAGGUAAAUUAAAAAACUGAGCUUCAUGCUGCAUUUUGUUCUUCGUGAUUGUUGCAAUUGUUGUAUUUCAUCGGGAGAUUGUGUGGUUGUCUUGUGGUUAUGUUUCUUGCUGCGGCUAGGUUAUAUGGUUCCUCCAUCUCUACUGUCGUGGAUAGAAAAAUAAUACUUUGUGACCCUCUGUAAUUGUGAAUAAUAAUCGAUUCUACUGGCUAUUCAGAGGGUGGUGUGUUCGUCUUUAUUAACACGGUGGAAAAUUAAUGAUUUGUCAGUCUACGUGGUUAUCGAUGUUCCAUGGAUCAAGAAAUUGAUUUAAAGGUCUCUGUAGACAUUUGUAGAUGAAUUUAAAAAAAUUGUGUGGCAAUCCUCUUAUGAAUGUGUUUGUUGUUGCGGCUGAAUUCUAUGGUUUGUCCAUGACUACUGUUGUAGAUAGAAAAAGGGUGUUUGUAGCUCUUUGUAUCACCAUUAGGUAAAUUAAAAAACUGAGACUACUGUAUCAUGAUUGUCCCAACUGUUGAUCCUCUGAUUCGUAAGCAUAGCUGCAGGUCUUAAAUUAUCCAUUCAUUCACUUAAAAAGAUUGUGGGUAGUUCUCUUAUGAUUAUGUUUCUUGCUGUGGCUAGGUUAUAUGAUUCCUCCAUUGUCGGAGCCCGAAACUCCGGAUCGGGGAUGACGGGCACCCCUUUUAUAGUUCGGUGGUAGGCAGUGGGGAUCGCUCUGGCGAUCGCCGGCGUGACCAAAAACACGAAGUGUGGCACCGAGGAUUUUACCAACGUUCGGGCCACCCGGAGGUGUAAAACCCAAGUCCUGCUUUGUGUCUGCAUUCCUUGGAAUUAUGCGUUCUUACAAGUUGCCGGGAUGGUUCCCGAGCCUAGCUACUUGUACUUCUACGAGCCUAUUGAACUCAAAUGGAGCCGAACCCUUUGAACAGUGGCAUUGGUCCUACUGUUAUACACAAGGGGAUACCACAGGUGCCAAUAUUUACCACGCGACACGUUAGCCAAGUGCGUGUCGAGGGAACAGGUGAGGUGGCUCGCGAGCCAGGUUGUGCUUCAUGCAGCGAUCGACCUACUGUUUACCGAGGGAAAACGUGUUCUGGGUUCACCGUCGUAGGCUUGCUGUGCAAUACUAGACCUAUAGUCCUAGCUCUGCCGGAGCAUUAAAUGCCCUGUCUUCACUAUGCUUCGCCUUUUCACCUGUCCAGCCAAGCGGGAGCUUGCCGGGGAUGAGCCCCUAGUUGAGGGGCUGUCCUGGCUGCGGGGGAGCGCGAUCCCCCCUUGCCGGGUGAAGCUUCCCGGGCUGCGCCUGCCCGGGUAGCUUUCCUUGCGGGGAAUUGUCGUUGCGACCCAGGCGUCUUAGCAGCAAUAGGGACCCCGUGGUCCACUGGUGCGACAGUAGCCCUCGGUCGUGACGCAUUGGUCCUAGGGGAGCCCGGGACCCGGCCACGUAGGCCGCCAACUCGGUUCCACCCUUGUGGGUAGAACGGUCAGGAGUGUGAUUCGCGCCUCCACUCCCCACGGUUAACUGGAGAGUUCAGGCCACGUCGCACACCCUGUCUUGACUCACCCACGAGUUUAGGGCUCUUUACUGUAGAUCGUGGGGGUGAACGUUGCAGCCUUCCAACCCUCGAUAAAAACCCAGGGCCGGCUGCACAAAGCCUCCCCUACGGUUCCCCCUCUGCUUCCUCUUCAAGUUUUCCUUGCAAUCUUGCCUUAGCCAAGUUCUCUCCUCGCAUCCCCAUGCAGUUGAAAGCUCCCAAGCGCUCCAAAGCCGCCGCCAACAGCAAGGCCGAGAAGUCCGGCAAGAAAGAGCUGUCGGAGAAGGAGAGGGAGAUGAGGGCCAAGUUCGCCUUCUUCAGGCCUGGCUACAACGGCGAGGGCGUGGAGAAGUUGACUCUGGCGCUCGCCACUGGGCUCAACAAGAUCAGGCCGACGCGGGUCCUGCCCUUUUGCACGGAUCAUGACGACCACUACUUCCGGGUGUUCGGACACUUCGUCCUUGCCGGGUUUGUGCUGCCACACUCCUUUUUUCUUCACGGAAUCAUGGAGUUAUAUGGGCUCCAGCUUGCGCAGCUUCACCCCAGCUCUUUUUUCAAAUUGGCGGUCUUCCAACACCUCUGCGAAGCAUUCGUAGGGGUGAUGCCAUCGGUGGCGCUGUUCCGCCACUACUAUUACUCCCAGACCGAGAAGGGGGCACCGAUGUCCUCUAGGGUGGUAAUUCCGCUUCCGCGAUGAGCUGCGGUCGGAGUUCAUCGAAUUGGGGAAGAAGAAGAUCGACACGGAAUGGCGCCGGGACUGGUGCUGGAUGCGCACAGAUGAGUUCUACCAGGAGUGCACCGCGCCACCCGAGGGCUCUAGGGACUGGACGUUCCGAGAUGCUAGGGACGCCGAGCUGGCCCCCAUUUGUGACAAAAUCAUGGCGCUCGACUCGAGUAUACCCGGUACAACCCAGCCGGGGACCCACAAGGAAGCCUAUUACGACUCCAGGAGUCUACAUGCCAAAUCUUGCGACUCAAGAUAAGGAAGAUUAAUUAGAGUGUAUCUCCUCCUUGUAACCGACUUGGACUCUACCUUAGACCUGAGUUCCUGCAUAUAUUAAGGACCAGGAGGGGGAGCCAAGAGGACGCCCCUAACUUAGAUAGAAGUCGCCUAGAAGCACUCAUCAACUCUAUGCAUCUAGAUUCUGCGGCACCCCAUUGUAAUCGACUCAUCAAUAUAGGUCCGACAAGCAGGACGGAGGGGUAUUACCUCAUUGAGGGCCCUGAACCUGGGUAAAUCGUGUCCCCUGUGUCCUUGUUAGCCGACGAGUUCGCCAACACACACUCGAAAUCUUUCCUAGAUACAAGUCCAUCAAUAUGGACAUUGUCAAAGUCACAUCUUCAUCAGCAGGCCUCUCGGAUAUGGACGUGGCACGCAACUACAUUGGGAGGUGCAUAGAGCCCCUACAACGGCGCUCACGCCCAACGUGGUUGUACACCGAGUCGGAUGACCACACCCGGCUGCAGCGCCAAGGACUGACGCCGUUGGAGAUCCGAACCUGGGUGAAGGGAAUCACCGGUGAGGACGCUCCCUUCACGGAGGUGCCGGCGGGAGCUGUGGCGCUCCAUGCCAGGGUUCCAAACCCUGGGGCGCUCAACUACCCACUCUGCAACGAGUGGGGAAUUGAGUCAGACCCGCUGUCUGGCAGUCCUCCCCCGCAACCUAGGACACGUACUAGCAAGGAGCCAGCAUCGGAGAGUGAGGGGGAAGACGACUCGGAGUGGGACUCUGAGGGAACGGAAGGUGCCGACGCCGGCGACGAUCCCCACCAUUGUGCCGACGAAUCCUCCGGAGGCGAAAAACACCGGGAGGUCGAAGGCGGCAAGGCGGAGGACAACGAUGACGACGACGACGUCCCUCUGUUGAGGCUGGCGGUGGCACAUGGGGCGAGCCAGCAUGGGGCUGGUUCGUCCACCCAAGCCCCACCUCCAGACGCGGGAGCGGAAGGAUCUGCCGGCAGCAGAGGGGCUUCAGAAGCCGCCUCUAUCGCGUCGACGGCGCCUCAGGCGCCACGAGUGGGGAAGUGUCCUCAAGUAGGCGGCAUCUUCGCUGAUCGGGUGCUUGUGCUCAACCCGCCAAGGUCUUCGGUGAAGAGGGGGCAAUCCGGUAUGCCACUAGCAUCUCCUCCGCUUGCGCUGGUUGCCGUGCAUGGUUUCUUGGCUGGGGCUGCCCACCGGCGAUGUGGACAUUCCUGUCCACACUCCACAGGAUACAGGCCCGGGAUCAGGGGCCGACGUAGUUGCCAGGGGACCCCAGCAACGGGACCUGGUGUGGGUGAAGGAUCACCGCAUACGGAAGGGGAGGGAGCCCAGCAAAGAUUGUGUGGAGUGUAUUCCUUGUUGUUGCGAAGAGUGCGAGAACUACCACAACCUUGAACAAGAUGCCGCCGAGACGCGAUACUCGCCGCGAUGCUGACAACAAUGAGGAGGGUCAGGACAACAACAACGCCACCAUGCAGCAACUGCUAGCUGCACAGACCCAGAUUCUGCAGGCUUUGACCCAGCAGAUGAACAACAACAACAACAACAACCAGAACCCCAAUCCACCACCUCGAGUGGACAUGCUAACUAGGUUUCUGAGGCUGUGAACACCAACAUUCACCAGCUCCCCGGAACUGAUUCUAGCUGAUGAUUGGCUCCGUUCUGUGAGCAAAUGCCUAGUGACAGUUGGCUGCAAUGAAGCUGACAAGGUGAGAUUUGCCGCUCACUUGCUUGAAGGACCUGCCGCAGCUUGGUGGGAGACUUAUCAGAUCACUACACCCAUGGAGGAGGUCACAUGGGAAAUGUUCCAAGAUGCCUUCCGCACCGCCCACUUCUCUGCAGGCGUACUGAGCUUGAAGAAGAGGGAAUUCCACAAGCUAAAGGCAAGGGAACAGGACCGUGUCAGAGUACAUCGAGACCUUCAACAAGUUGUCACGCUAUGCCCCGGAUGACGUCAACACAGAUGCAAAACGCCGGAAAGUUUUUGGAUGGCUUGAACGACGAACUCGCCGUUCAACUGGCAGUCGUUUACUGAUAUGGACAUGCUAACCAUGGAUACAACCAUUAGAACCCUAAUUGUUGGUGUAUCUAAUAACAAUUAUAAUCAGGUGAAUUCAAUUACAAAAUGUUUUCAAUAUGUUACUUGC